AUGGAAGCCCCCAACCCCCCCGCCGCAGUCGAGACAUUCCCGCCAACGUACAUCAGUCGUUCCGGUCCUGUGUGCGGGUGCGGGAGCCAGGGCUUCCAGACACCCACCCUCGGCAAGUAUAUCACGCUGAACCGCUAUUUCUCUGCUGAUGCAGUUUACGUUUCCAGUUCUUCAACUACCGGCUUACCGAUCCUCGAAGUUCAGCCAACUGAUUUCCGCCGGCUCGAUGCUUCUGCCAGUUUCAGUCAACCAACUUACACCGGAACACCGGGAUGCACUGUUGUUGGCACCAUGGACGCCCCCGACCUCCCUGCCGCAGUCGAGUCAUUCCAGCCAGCGACCAGCAGCCGUCCCGGUCCUGCGUGCGGGAGCAGCGGACGGGGCGUCCAAAACCCCCUGCCAGGCAAGUUCGUAAUUAUUGAUUCCCGCCCCACUGGUGAUCCGUACUCUGCUUCCAGUCCUUCGCUUCGCAACCAGGAACCGUACAACCGCACAGAACCCCAACAUAUUCACUGCUACUACCAAAAUGUGGGUGGAAUGAACACGAGUGCUGUUGACUAUCUGCUCGCCUGCUCCGACAGUCCGUACGAGAUAAUCGUAUUGACCGAAACCUGGCUUGACAAUCGUACGUGCUCUCGGCAGAUAUUUGGGCCUAAUUAUGAGGUGUUCCGUUGCGACCGCAGCAUACACAAUAGUCGCAAAAGCACAGGAGGUGGCGUCUCGAUAGCAGUCCAUCACCAGUUCAAAGCGUCUAUCGUCGAAAAAGACAACUGGCUGCCUGUUGAGCAAGUGUGGGUGACGGUAAAGCUUGCAGACCGGAGGCUGUUCCUGUGUGCACUGUAUCUGCCUCCUGAUCGCAUCCGCGAUCCCGUUAUUUUGAAUGCUCAUAUGAAUUCAGUUACUGCAAUAGCUUCAAUGGCGUCUCCAGUAGACGAGAUAAUAGUUAUGGGCGAUUUCAACCUGCCUGGGUUAAAGUGGCGCGGACGAGGCAAUGGUUUCAUGUACGUUGACUCUAGCUCGUCGUCUCUAUCCCCACUCACUAACGAGUUACUCGACUGCUACAGCACUGCCACCAUGCAACAAGUUAACAACAUUGCUAACGAAAACGGUCGCUUUCUCGAUUUAUGCUUUGCUAGUGUGCAAGUUCAGGCUCCCGAAAUAGCGAUGGCUCCUUCCCCACUAGUUAAGGACGUUCCACAUCAUCCACCCUUGCUGGUUACUAUCCGUCAACAAAUACGUCUUGACGUGACUAGUGCACCACCGAUCGUCUACUAUGAUUUCGCCCGUGCGGACUUCAGGGAAAUCCAAAGAACCCUGACUAGCAUCAAUUGGGAUGCAGUUUUGGACAAGGAUGAUGUCAAUUCUGCCGCAAUGACUUUCUCCAACAUCCUGAACUACGCUAUCGAUCGACAUGUACCAAAAAGAACCAUGCCCGCUCUGAAGCAGAUACCCUGGGUAAACGCUAUGUUACGACGUCUGAAAUCCGAGAGAAAGACCGCUCUCAAGAAAUUUUCAAAAUAUCGAACGUUGCCACUCCGUAACCACUACUUGUCGAUCAACACGCGUUACAAACGAUUGAGUCGCUCCUGUUUCCGGAAUUACCUGAGCAACAUCGAACGUAGACUGAAAAGGAAUCCCAAAUCCUUUUGGAAGCACGUCAACGAACAGCGGAAGGACAACGGGCUUCCUUCGGUAAUGUUCCUGGGUAGUGAAACUGCCAGUAACACAGAACAGAUUUCCCAACUAUUCGCGCGGAAAUUCUCCAGCGUAUUUACGGACGAAAGAUUGACAAGAGAAGAAAUUUCCGCAGCCAUCCAGUGCGUCCCCGUACUUAGCAAUUGCUUAACCCACCUUUCCAUCGACGACGCGAUGGUCAUAUCAGCCGCCGCGAAGCUAAAAUCCUCUCGUUCUUCUGGACCGGAUGGUAUUCCGUCUGUUCUGCUGAAACAGUGUAUCAACGCCUUGGUUGCUCCGAUGAGCCACCUGUUCAGUUUAUCAAUCAGAGCACCCCGCCGUGAAACGAACCGUCGGAUAGCCAUUACGCAUGAUUCUGUGGUAAGGCUGUGGACUACCUCUAAAUGA